AACCUGGGCAGAGCGUUGGGCACAACGUUGGCCGUUGCCGUGGUGACAAGUUCUUUCCUGUUUAAAAAAGUGAAAAAUCUUAAGUGAUAAAACGCUUGCAAGUCGCGUGUGAAAUCAUAUUGCUCAAAAUGUCGAUGGAUCCUUCGGUUUCGCUGGAAGAUCUGGAACGCCGGCGUCGUCGUGCCAGUGCAGCGCGUAAAGGCUCCACCAUACAGCAACCACAGUCGACCACCGAUUCGGAGGCAAUGGCCGUCAUCAAUGAGAUUUUCAAUCCCACACUAAAGCUGCCGGAGAGCACCGGUCAUUAUACGUUGCCGGAACAGCUAAGCGCCGAUGAUCAGGUGGCGCCACAAGAUCUGGACAUUGCCAAGCUGGCGGAGUUGAAGGAAGUGUUCACGCUCUUCGAUACGGACUGUGAUGGACUAAUAUCGAGAGAUGACCUGCGGUUCACCUAUACGGCACUGGGCUAUGAGCCCAACGAUCAGUUGCUGGAGCAAAUGAUGCAGGAGGCACAAGAACCUUUGGACUAUGAUGCCUUUGUACAGUUGAUGUGCCGUCGCACCCAAGAGCUGGAUCCCGAGGAAGUUCUGCUUGAAGCCUGGAGCAAGUGGGACGAUCAUGGCACGGGAAUGAUCGAUGAAAGAAAAAUUUACGAGGAAUUGACCAACUAUGGCGACAAAAUGAGCAUCAGCGAGGCAAAGGAAGCGCUCAGUCAUGCUCCAAUGGCAAAACCCAAAACAUUGGAGGAACCGCCCAUGAUUGAUUACCCAGCAUUCUGUCGCAUGUUGGGUGGAAUGCGUAAACGCAAAAACUGAUAACAUCAGAAAGUGAAAGUUCAAUUUGUAAAGAAAACAAAAGCGACCAAAAAAAAAAAGCAAAACAAUUAACUUCAAUAGCAAAGUCAUAAACAUAUUAUAAAGUUUUUCAAGUUUC